AUGAAUACACAUCUGGAGGCACUUUUUCAAAUAAAUCAACGUUUGCUAUUUCAUAUAAGAACUUUAUCAAACUUUCCAGUGUUUGACCCUCAAAAAAUUACAAGUGAUGUUGAAACCGAUAUCAAAAAAAUGGUUUCUAUUAUGAAAUUCAAAAGACUUACAAAUGAAGAUGAAGCUAUAAUGAAAAUGAUAAAUGAUUGCUCUAAAGUAUUGCAAGAGAUGUUAUUAGAAAGAAUUAUGUUGCAACAGGACUCAAUUCAAUUUUUUACUGAAAAAGAGGCUCUGGAUAGUUCAUUUUCAAAUACAGUGGACGAUGCUAUUGAAGAUGGCGAUGACAGGAAGACCAAAAGUAGAAGACUUACAAAAAAGCAGUUGCUUGUGUUGGAGGGAUGGUUUCAAAAACACAAGAACCAUCCAUAUCUGCAGAAAGACCAAACUAACUUAUUAAUCAAGUCAACAAAACUUUCGAAAUCACAAGUACAAAAUUGGAUAUCCAAUAGAAGAAGAAAGGAGAAAAAUACUAAGGUGUCACCUGAGUUGGCUGCUUUGUUAUUAACAGGAUAA